AUGGGGGCACGAUCUAAUUGUCCAAAAUGUGGCUCUACUGGUGAAGCAGAAAAUAUACGUUACAGAUAUAAACUUUCCUUAAAAGUUGCAGAAUCAAACAAAUUAUUUGUCAUUACUGUAUUUGGAAGCUGCUUAGAUGCAUUUUUUGGUCUUACUGCCACUGAUUUGCACAGGUACAUUCAGGAUCCUAAUAAAAUUCCAGAAAUACUGGACAGUGAUGCAGCACAGGACCUGUUAACCAAAGCAGUUGAAAUUUGCUUUAUUGGGCAAAGCUUUAUUUUUGGAGUGACGAAUUUUGAAAACCAAUAUGGACAUGGUUAAGAUUCCCGUAACUUCUUACAAAGGUGUCGUGACUUAAGAAGAGAAAUCAGAGCACUAGUAGCUUGCCAGAUUAUUCUGCCAGACCCACAUGUUGCAGGCUUCACUGUCAUUGGCUAUUUCCAUCAGCUUUUGCAGACUUCCAAUUUGAGGAAACUACACUGUAACUCCCAGGAACCUAACAGGCAGUUAUUUUCUUUAGAUCACUCAAAUAGUGAUCUCAGCAGCAUACAUGGUUCUGAUAAUACUUCCUAUUUUUUGGAGUCUCAUAGUACAGAUAAUAUUUCAAGAUUCUGGCACCUACCACUUGAACUCACCUCCACUGUUUCACUAACAGAUAAUGAUGAUGUUUCAGCUUCAGAAAAAAGCAUGGGCAUUGCUACUCUUCACCAAAACAGAAAGUAUAUAUCCUUUGCAGAAGCCACUGGCUCCAAUGAUUGCCAUGAUUCCAUUCAGGGUUUCUGGAGCCUUGUUUCAUAUAUGGACAAAAAAAGUACAACAAAAAACUUGGGUGAAGAACUUGGCUUACAAGCUAAUCAGCUGAGUGUAAUUCACAGCAGUCAUCAUGAAACUAGAAUUACUACAUCUAAUUUAUUCCCUUUGAAAAUGCAAGAGCCCCUUGAGUCAAGUAGUGUAGAAUCCUUCCACAAUGCAGUAGGAAUUAAAAAUGAGUAUUCCCAGGAUGAGCUACCAUGUUACCAGCAUCAUGAUGUAGACAACACCAUUAGCCAUCAAGAGACCUUUACCUGUUGUUUACCUGCAUCACUCAGACUUGAAGAGGUAAACAACAGUUCCCAGGAUUUUGACCCUGUGGUUUGGGAUGAUCUUCCAUUAUCUGAAAGCCUGGACAAGUUUCUGGCAGUUGUUGAAAGUGAGAUUGCUAAAACCCCAAGAGAUGGCAGGAAUAAGAAACAUAACAUAGAUAAUGACAUUGAUAAAUUCCAUGCAGGCUACUAUACCAGGUUAUCUGUGUCUCCCCGAAGAAAUGGAACACUACCUACACCAUCUGUAACUUCAACAUCAUCACAAGCAACAGGCAAAGCAAACUCUAGCAAAAAUAACUUCUUUUCCAACUGUGAAACAAAUCAAAGUCCUAGUAUUCAAAAGGAGUCAAAAUCAGAUAACACAGCAGAUGCUAUCUCUGUAAACAGUAAUGGAAGUGGUGUUUCAGAAUAUUCUCUCCCAAACACUUGUCUGUCAGCUCUGUUUCCAUCUUCAAAAUAUUUAGAAACAACUGUUACUGUAAAGCAGACUAUCAAAAUUCUACCACACAGAGAUAAAAUUUCAUGUACCCCCAGUACUUCAGAGAAUGACCAUUCUUAUCUUAGUAUCAAAUAUUUUGAUGGACGUGGAAAACAGCCACUUUCAGAAGUGAAUGAAAGGUUAACAACUUUGUGUUCUAAGACAUACAAUGAUGUUUCUGGUCUUUGCAAAUUAGAAAACAAACAUUAUUUGUGGCCAAAGAACCAACAUGACAGUUUUACAGUUUGUAGGAAACUUAUAUAUCCUUUAGAAACUCUUUACAGUAGUCCAGGUAGAAGUACAAAUACAUCAAAAGAAACAUCAUAUGGGCGUAUAGAUAAUAAUUUAACACAAAGCUCUCCUGGUUAUGAAGGUAGCUACAAUGCUUCUGUGGAUCUGUUUGAUGAUAUUGCUAAAGAUACAGACAUUACAACAGAAAUUACAAAAAAAUCAGAAGAUAUUUUGUUAUAGUGGGAAACAUCUUUGGCAGGAAGUCAUCUUGAAGAGUCUUGUUUUUCACUAAAAUCACUUUCUGAAAACUCCACUCAGUCUUCACCCUUGCAAAGCAUGCCUGCCUUUGGGUAUCCAAGAACAUGUUCUCUGCCUCAUCUUCAGUCAGAUUUGGAAUAUGAUCUCGAAGAUAGCCAAGACUUUGUUCCAUGUUCACAGUCAACUCCAGUUUCAGGAUUUCACCACACAAGAACUCAUGGAAUACAUGGAACUUUGCAAAAAUUGCCUGCAUUUUAUGCAAAUCUUAAUGCUAAUUAUAAAAAAACACAAGUUUAUCCUGAAAAUAACAAACAGCAAGCCACUCCAAGUUGUCCAGAAAAUAUAAAAAUACCUAGCCAGAAAUCUAGAAGCCCUGUUAUAUCUAGUAUUACACAACCAGAGAUUUUCAACUACUGCACUGUUGCUGAGUGCUUUGAAACUGAUGCUUAUGAAUGGGUUCCCCCUACCACAACAAAAGUGUUUCAUUCAUAUAUGCUUGGAUUCCAAGUCAUGGGUUUAAGGAAAUGCCUUGCUGCCCAUAAUUUCCCUGGCCAAAAAGAGGUACCAAGAAAGAAAUUGAAACAUAUCAAACAAAGAAAUGAUGUAUGUUUCAUUAGGAAGUUUAAAAAUGUGUUUACAGCAAUAGGUGCAAAACAGAAAACUAAAUGUAACUGUAAAAGUUCAGGCCAGAUUUCCAAAGA